AUGCCGGAACGUGCCUCGGCCAAGGGGGUUACAUCAUUGACUCGUGGAGUGAACGUAACCGCGGCUCAUCAGUUCAUACAAAACCGUUUUGCGCUGUCCGCUCUCGAUUUACUCUGGGUUCCACCGAAGGCCCAACGCCGUCAGUUGACGCAACAGCAGCAGACGCACAUUCUAAGCGACAUCCAGAAGCAUCAGCAUCGCUUCAAUCUGCACCAGAACCAACGUUCACCGAAUGUCUUCAUACAGCCAUCGAUCCAAAUUCCCGUUCCUCCUCAACCACACGCUAGACCUCCGCCACCAUUCGGUUCCCCAAACACUCCACACUUCCCUCAGCAGAACUCACAUUUCCACCAUUCGAACAACGUUGGUCCAUCGGCGGCAGUGAACGGCUUCCGAUCGCAAUCAGCGCCCCCACCACCACCGCCGCCACACAGGCCAACAGGCAACUUUGGAACACAAGUAAACCGUUACUACUUCCAGCACCACACGCAGACCACGUUCAUUCCAAAUUUCUUACAAAUUUUACAGCAGGACACACGCUUACCGCCCCAACAGCGCUCGGUACAGAAUCAACUGCAGCAGGCACAGUUCUUCAACGGCCCACCUCCCCCACCACCCCAACAGCCUUCCUUCCUGAACACCAUCGAUAACACGAACUCUUUUAACGCACCACGGCCAACCCCGAACCAAGCCCCAUUCCUACAACCUUCGUUCCCGGCGAACAACCAACAGGUACGGUUCCCCAACCAGCAGGCACCACCGCAAGGUGCCAACCUACCGAAUCUCUUCACUGGUCAACAGCUGCCACUGCAGAAUGCACCCCCGAAUUUCAAACCAAACGGCAACGGCCAGUCGCCAGCAUUCGUUCAGCACCAUCAGCAUCAGCACACUCAGCAACAGGUGCCGCAAUUCCCUCCGUUGGCACAGCAACCGAAUCAUGUCGCACCGUUCCAGCAAUCUCCGUUGCAGCAGCAACUACCCCAGCUGCAGCAAAAUGUCCCCUUCGUGCAAGGUAUUGUGCCAUCCUUUGGUGUUGCCCAGGCCCCGGUAGGACUUCCACAGCCUCAGUCCCAGAUACAGUCAUUCAAUGGACCACAGCAGCAGCAAUUCGGUGGUGGACUGCAGCAAACGUUGAACUAUCAGCAGCAGCAACAGGAACUUGAGCGUCGAUUGAAGGAAGAAAGCGAUCGAAUCCGUGAGCUGCAGGAGAAGCAGAAAGUGAUUCAGAAGCACGAGCAGUUCCUCCAGAAGCAGUACCAGAAGCAACAGGUCAAGGUGCAGCAGCUGCAUCAGGAUUUCCUCAAGAAGCAACAGAAGAUUCUUCAGCAACAGCAACAGCAACAGCAGCAGCAACAGUACGAUGCAGCACAAAAGCCGCAGGUUGUAGCAACGACUGGAGUGCGGUCACGAGAGGUAUUGCCUUCGGAACGGACACUCUUCGAAAAGGCGGUCAAGAUACAGUCGAAGCCAGUGUCGACGGCUGGAGUUGAACCGUUGGCACCAACAACGUCACCAACGAGCCACUUGUCGGUUAUUCCGCUGAAGCCGAACAGCAAGAAGGAUUACAGCAGCAUUACCCAGUCCGAUCUGGACGUACUGCUCAGCUCGAACCGCCAGAACCUCUUCCAAACGAUUAAAGCCGAAACGGCUAAACCCACGCAGGGUAAAGCUAAGCCAACUAAGGUGAAAUCGACGAAAGCUCUAGGACGGGACGAAUUACUGAAGCAGUUGAAGUUGGCACUUGCCGAGACGUCACCGGAUCUCGGUGGCAAGAACUACAGCUCCACCGAUUUGGUACUCCCGAACGGAGAGAAGGUACAGGUCAUUCGUACGACCGAUCCGGAGAUUAUUAAACGGGCCAAUGCGAACUCUGAAGGGGUUUUGACACAGCAACUGGAGUCACCGACCACACCGAAGCCACUUUCGUUCGAGGACAUUGCUCGAAGUGGUCUGCUGCCUCCGGGGGCAGAUUUUGAGCUGAUCAAGCAAACGGAAGAUGGCCAGAUUCAGGAGGUAGCCAAGAUACCGCCCCAGAAGAAGGUGACCUUCGUAUACCUCGAAGAGCAGGAUGAUGGGUCGUACAAGGUGCAGGGUGUCAAGGGUAGUGGUGAUAAGGAAACCAAAACUUCCGGGGCCGACGUGGAUAGCAUCCUGAAGCGCAUUAAAAAUGGUGAAAUCCAACUACCACCGUCCUCCGUGUCGACCUCGAAAACGGCCACACCUUCAGUCUACGUAGAUGCACCCAUCACGACGAGCACCACGCCACGCUAUCAACCACCGGUUAAGAAGACGAAUUCGGUCACCAUAAUUCCUCACAGUACCCCGAUUGAGGAGCACCCAUCGACGGCGUAUCUGUCCGGUAGUACGGUCCAGCUCACUGCCGCCACUCCUGGUCCUUCCACAAUCUACGCCUCAACGGCAUCACCAUCCAGUCCGAGCUCUGUGACGGCCUACGCUCCUGAGUCUUACUCUGGCAGUACUCUACCCAAGCAGCAAACCU